AUGACGGAUCUUUCGGCGAUUACCAACCGCGAAGACAGAUCUCGCGAGUCUAUGGACACACAUCAUAGAUCUUUGGAGCUUCGCAGCUACCCCGCCAAGUAUCCCGAGCAGAGCAGCAACUCCAAUGAUGAGGAGGAACCGCAGCUUUUCCAGCAUGAGGUGGAUGUGCAGCAUUUUCCUUACACUCGGGAUCUUCCUCCUCUGAAUUCCACAGCCGUGCAGAACGCGAACGAUGUUCACGGCAGGAGCUCUGGUUACGAUGACUACCCACCCCCUGAACCGUACUGGUUACAAAGAGGUGCAGAGGAGCUCCAGCUAUCGCGGCCAGUAGCGGGAUGA